AUGACUAGUUUGAAAUACCCAGUCCCAACAUUGGAGUCCACUUUGAGUGAGCUGACCCGUGUUAUGGAUCAGCUAUUGGACAAGGAAAGGUUUGACGACUUCCAAAGCAGGCUCCACGCAUUGCAAGAAGAUGGAACAGGGGAGAAGAUACAAUUAGCUUUCACCGAGGCUGUGAAAGACAAGGAUAACUGGGCCACUGAGGGUUUCCAUGAAAGCCUGCUGUCCCUUCGAUGCCCAAUUCCCAAUUCUACGGUGAUAACCGGUCUUUUAGAGGACGACGAGAAGCACAGCGACCAGCUGCGUAGGGCUGCUACCCUGUUGCACGCUACAGCUUGUGUCAAGGCAAGACCGGAACAUCUCACCAACUGCAUUGGAAUGGAACGAGGAGAACGACUGGAGACCAGCCAGGCUCAUUACAUGCUGUCUUCAAGCAGAGUUCCAGGUCUAGAAAUGGAUACUCUUGCUACAUUUACAAACUCUCGACACGUCGUCGUUUUACACAAAGGGGCAGCUUUUAAGGUCGAUGUCAUCCAACCAAAUGGCCAACCUGUUUCAUUAGAGAAAAUCUACCAACAGCUGCAAGCAGUUACUAGACAUGAUGAUGCCCCACCUAGCAUAGCUCCUUUUUCAGCCCUUGAUCGUCCAACAUGGGCUGGUAUUCGGGGAUCAUUGAUCCAAAGAGGUGCCAGUGAAGCCAUCCAUAUCAUGGAGAGCGCCAUCCUAGCCCUCAGCUUGGAGGAAAGAAAUGCACCUGAUACCAGGAGUAAAAUCUUAGAGGCCACCCGUCUUGGGAAUGGUACCCAGCAUUCUCGCUACUAUGACAAAGUCAUCAACCUUGUUGUGUAUAAGGAUGGCAAGACAGGUAUGCUAGUAGAACACACUAGUGUGGAUGCAACAGUACCAGGUGCCUUGGUCUAUCUAUUAACCCACCUUCCAAAAAAUCUCUCAUUCGACGAAAACCUUGACCCUGUAAUGUCAUCCAUCCCAGCUUGUCCCCUGGACUUCCAUAUUUCAACACAAGACCAAAAGAAAAUCCAGACAAAUAUCCCGACCAAUGGCAGUGAUCGCAUUGUGAGUGAACUAGAUAUACCCAUGCUUCCUGACAUUAUGAAUCUUAUGCGGGAACAACGUUUGAUCAACAUUUGGAUGAACCUUUCAACACAGCUUGCAUUGCAUUUGACCAAAAGCACUUUGAAGAUUUUGAUGGUGGAACCUACUCAUGUGCGCCGCUUUAUAGAUGGGAGAAGUGAUCCAACAAUGCCAGUUACAGACCAAUCACGGAGCUUCAUAGAUUCCCUUAUAGCCAAAGAACCACAUUGUGUCCUCUUUCCAAAAUUUGCUGCUGCGGUUCAAAUGCACAAAAACCUGAUAAGAGAAACCAAACAAGGCAAGGCAUUCGGACCUCAUAUUGCAGCAUUGCGUAAUAUCCUCUUGACCGAAGCAAAUGUUGAUGCAACCCUUAUUUCAUACCUGAAGAUGCUUCAGAUACCAGAGGUAUAUUUCACAGGUAAUGAUGGUGUUAAGGGUCUUGUCACUUCUGUGGCAAAUGUUUAUGCUCCAAAUCAACUUUGCAUAGCCUACCAUGCUAAACCAGACAAGAUAGCCUUUCAAAUUGCAGCCAAUGGGUUUUAUCAGUGCCAUAUUUCAAAGUUUUUGGAGACACUAAGGCAAAGCAUAGAUGCUGUUAUGCAGACUGUUGUGCCAUUUUCUCUUGCCAAGCAGAUGGGUGCUCUGGAAAGCUUACAGAUGUCAAGCAAAAGUGAACAUCCAUUCUCCAUUGUUCUCCAUGCUGGUGCUGGUGAGGACUUCAAGCAAGACAACAAAGCUAAGAAGUUGAUUGAGUUUGCCAUGCAGGCUGCACUAUCAGUUGGUUCUAAGAUGUUGGCUGAAGGGAAACCUAGUCUUGAUGCUGUUCAGGCCACUGUUGUCAGCUUGGAGAACUGUUUCCUUUUCAAUGCAGGCAAAGGAGCUGUGCUCAAUGCAUCUGGGGAGCAUGAGCUUGAGGCAUGCAUAAUGGACGGGAAUACUGGAAAAUGUGGAGCUGCAGCAUGUUUGAAAAGUGUGAAGAACCCAGUUGAAGCUGCACGAUUGGUUUGUGACAAAACCAAACAUGUUCUUCUGAUUGGUGAAAAAGCUGAAACCCUUAGCAAAGAGAAUGGUUUGGCUACUGUACCAAACAAAUACUUCAAAACAUUCAUGCGAGAACAGCAAUUCAGGCAAGUGGCAUCUUCCAAAUCAAAACACAACCAUCCUCAGACUGUUGGUGCUGUUGCUGUAGAUGUAUAUGGUAACCUUGCAGUAGCUACAUCCACUGGUGGGGUGCUGAAUAAGAUGGAGGGAAGAGUUGGUGACACAGGAAUACCAGGUGCUGGUUGCUUUGCUGAUGAGAGGGUUGCAGUUGCAUGCUCAGGUGAUGGGGAAGCUUUCCUAAGAAAUGCCAUGGCUCAUGAUGUUGCCAAGUUGGUUGACUACAAAAAGCUCUCUAUUAAAGAGGCCUGCAAGUAUUCCCUUGAGAAUAACCUUCAGAACCACAAGGGGGGCAUUGUAGCAGUUGACAAAGAUGGCAAUAUUGCAGUUGAGUUUAAUUCUAAUGUCAUGUUUGUUGCAUCUAUGGAGAAAAAUGGAGCCAUUGCCUCAGAAGUGAUGAUGAAAGGUUCAGGCCCGAAUCCAAUGCCACGAGAUCACCUCAAAAUCAAAGAUGGCAAAGAAUGCAAUAUCCAUCUUCAUGAGUACCCUUCAACACCAGGCGUAAUACUUAUUACAUCAAAAUCUACCAAGAAGGGUGUUGACUUGUUUCAAAUGCCCCUUCAAGAUUAUGAAGCUUUGAUGAUGGAAGUCCAUGGCAUUGUCCCAUUUCUGCAAAAGAAACUUAAAGUACAGAGAUGUGCCAUGGUAUCAGCACCAUCACCAAUGCUUCCAGCUCACAUGAAGCUUGUGCCUUUGCACGGUCUGGGUCAAGUCUGGGAACCAGUGACAUCAGCAGAUGAAGAAUAUAAUGACGAAUACCCAGGUUAUGUAUCAUCCAAAAAUGGCCCCAGACUUUCCAAUCAAGAACUUGAUCGCAUCAAAAAGUCUAUAACAUCAUUAUCAGCAUUACAGAAUGUAAGCAAUGUUUUCCAUGGUGAAUCUUCAGAUAACAACCUUUUUGCCAGAAUUGUGCGAAAUGAAGAGGAACACUGGCGGGUUUGGGAAGAUGAAGACCAUGUAGCCUUCCUGACACCCUUUCCCAACACCCCUGGGUUUACAGUGCUGGCCCCAAGAAGGCACCUGUCAAGUGACAUAUUCAACCUUGAAAAUGAAGACUACAGAAAGCUUGUUAUUGCUGGCUAUAAAGUAGCAAAUUUACUCAAGAAGAGUCUUGGGGCUUUGCAUUGUGCAAUGAUCUUUGAAGGGUGUGAAAUUGAUUAUGCUCAUGUGAAGCUUAUACCUGUGUUUGCUACCAACAGCACUGCAAGAAAAACAAGGAACAACUCAAAGGCAGAGUAUAGGAAGACCUACCUUGGCUUUGUAUCCUCUGCAGAUGGCCCUGAGGGGGAUGACAGUGAAUUAAAAAGUCUGCAUUCUUUUUUAACAACAGAUUCCAUUACAGCACCUAAAUCUUGGGAAGACCCAGAGACCCAUUCAAUUGCAGCCAUCCACAGCACUUGGUACCAAAAUGUCUUUCAGGUUCAGAACACGCUGUUCCAUGCCACAGUUGACUACUUCAACCAGCGGUGCAAGUACAAUUAUGCCCUGACCCCACUGACCACUGAUUGCAUCUCUUCUCCCAUGGGAUUGGGAUCAGAUUCAGAGCCAGUCCAAAUCGACUUGUUUGGGCAAAAGAUCUUCCUGGCAGAUUCCAUGCAAUUCACCCUAGAAUACUUCUUGCGUUUCCAAGAUGGCCUUCAAGGCACAUACUACAUAUCUCCAAGCUUCCGUGGAGAGGACCCUGAUGCAACUCAUCUGAACCAGUUCUACCAUAUAGAAUGCGAGUUACUCGGAAAGAUGGAUGAUGCAAUCAGUGUUGCUGAGGGCUACAUCUAUCACCUGACAAAGAGCAUGCUGAAAUCACACAGGCAGUUUAUCCUGGCCACAGCAGGGACAACAGAACAUGCAGAGCAACUCGUUGAAAUUAUGAAGGGUGGAAAAUCACUGCCACGUGUCACAGUGGACCAAGCGAUUGCAAUGUUUCCAAGCGAUGAUUGCUAUGAAGAUGUGGUCCCUGGUAAGCCAGAAAUGGGGAAAAAAGUAACCAGAAGGGGAGAACGUUUUUUGAUUGACAAGUAUGGAGGGGCCAUCUGGCUGACAGAGAUGGACCACUUGGGAGUUCCUUUCUACCAGUGUUAUACUGAUGAUACACGCAAGAAGGCAUUGGCUGCUGAUCUUUUGAUUGGCCUAGGAGAAACCCUUGGUCUAGGUGAACGUCAUGCUACAGCAACUGAAGUUGAGCAGGCCUUGGACCACCACGCUGUACCUCACAGUUCGUACACAUGGUACACAGACAUGCGCACAGAGAAGCCAAUGAAGACCAGUGGUUGGGGCAUGGGAUCUGAGCGUUAUUUGUGCUGGCUUCUCAACCAUGAUGAUGUUCGAGAUCUGCAUGUCAUUCCAAGAUUUAAAGGAAAGAAAUACCUUCCAUAAGCUCUCAUUAUAUUCAAUUUGGUUGGUGUAGGGUUAGUAGUAUGAACUAUGUAAA